AAUUUUAGUUUUUGUUGGGGUUUUGUAAAGGAUUUUUUGUGCAAAAUAAAUGAAGGCAGAUAUAAAUUAUUUACAUAAAUUAUUCACCAAAGUCGAUAGCUUAAAUAGAAAAGCGAAAAUGUAUAAAAUACGUUUAACAUUUAAAAGAAGAUAAGUUCGUUGUAAAGUUUUGAAGGAACAAAAUAUACAACAGCGACCAUUGGAGAAGCUCGCCGAUAAUAAUCACACGGUCAACUAAUAACGUUACAUUAUCGAAAAGGAGCCGACCAUUGCGGAAAAAAGGUGCAAAAACUAGCUCACAGUCCCACAAAUAUAAUUUGACACACUUCGAAAAAUCGAGUAAAGCAGUAAUUUUCAGUCGGAGAAUAACAAAUAAACAAAAUGGUUGAUCCAUUUCUGGCAAUGAAUUACAAUGUAUUGGAAGUGAUCUUCUCCUAUUUGGAUUUACGCGAUUUGCGAAAUUGCGCCUUAGUUUGCUGGAAUUGGUAUCACUUCUUGAACGAUGAAAUUUCAGAGGUGUGGAGAAUGCAUUGUUUGCGAAAGUUGCCACAAGAGGCAAUCAAAUCAGAUUUGCUGACAUCUUUAACGACAUAUAAAAAAAGAUUACGCGCUUAUUAUCACGCCUGGAAUCCAAACGAUUGUUCACGUAAUGUGUAUAUAAAACCUAAUGGUUUUACAUUACACCGCAAUCCCGUCGCUCAAAGCACAGAUGCAGCACGUGGUAAAAUCGGUUUUCGACAAGGACGUCAUUCGUGGGAGGUGAUAUGGGAAGGACCGCUGGGCACGGUCGCUGUUAUUGGCAUCUCAACAAAGGAGGCGGCGUUACAAUGUCAUGGCUAUGUUGCUCUACUAGGUUCAGACGAUCAAAGUUGGGGCUGGAAUUUAGUGGACAAUUUGUUGCUGCAUAAUGGUGAUGCGCAGGGCAAUUAUCCGCUGCUAAAUAACCCACCAAAAUAUCAGGUCGGUGAGCGGAUACGUGUCAUACUUGAUUGUGACGAUAAUACGUUAUCCUUUGAAAAGAACAGUGAAUUUUUAGGUAUAGCGUUUAAAGGUUUGCCAGAUAAGAAGCUUUACCCCACAGUGUCUGCAGUAUAUGGCAAUACGGAGGUGUCGAUGGUGUAUUUAGGACCGCCUUUAGAUGGCUAAAUGGCCUGUGUGUAUUUCUACUAAAUGGGUGUGGUAAAAUAAUUAGGGAUGUGUGCACCUACAUAUAAGCAAAUGGUAUAUAUCUUAUAUUAUAUAUGCCCAUACGUGUAAAUGAGAAGGUUACAUUUGAGUAGAGACAGUAAUUUCAAAAGUGAAUAUUUUAUACUUUUCCAAAUGUUAAAAUAAGUAAAAUAUCUGAUAAUUAAUUUUCAUACGUAAAUACUUACAUAAAUAUAGCCGAUCUAUUUUAGCUUCAAAGCGUGAUCUAAUAUAAAAUUAUGUUUUAUCUUGAAAUCGAACGACGCUAAAUUUUUCACAACAGUUUUUCAAUACACAUCCCUAAGACGAGCUUACCACUUACGUUCAAUCGCAAAAACGAAAAUUAUAAUCGUAACAACAGUAGACCUUACAAUAACAAAUACAUAGUUAACGUAUAGGAUUUGUAAAAAUUAUCUUUCUUUUAGACAAAACACAAACUCAAAUUUAAAUGCUCUUAAAAAAUCACUAACAAAUCUUUAGUAAUCAAAGAGAUACUAAGAUGUUUAAGAAUGAGAAAAUGAAAUAAUGGCAACUCGUAUGCAAUACCUGCAGCGAACCAUUUUAUUUAUUUUAUAACAAUUUAGAUGUACACAGUUUGUAAUUAAACCCAUUUUUUGAAUAAGAAUCAGUUACUUGAUGUCAAACCAAAGAUUUGCGGGGCAGGAAAAAUACCUUCGUCCAUUCAUAUCGUUGUCAACAUUUACAAGCGUCAUAAAUGUUUUAACUGAGCAUCUACAAAUUGUUUUGAAAUUAUGGCAUAAAUACAAAAUUAAUUAGUAAAAAUGUAUGCACAGACAUUCCGAAAACGUUAAGCCAAUUCCAUUUGCAUAAAAAAAUAUUUAGGCGCUUUUGUGCCUGAAUUGCAUUUAAAUUUAACUGAAAACCUUUUAUUUGUAGUCUUUCCAAAUCAUGACAAAUGAAAUGUCGCUAAAUUUGAGUAAGAAUUAAAUUCGAUAUUAGUUUUUUAUUGGUUUUUUUUUUCAACGAAAGACACCAAAUACUUACCCCUGAACCAAUGAAAUUUUUUUAUACUUUAGAUAUGCGUUACAGUUUAUACGUGCAAUAACUAAUAUUUUACAGGCAGGGUUAAAUAAUUAAGAUGCGUAAGAUAUAAAUUAAGCGUUCAAUACAUACUUGUUUCACCAGCUUCCAACACUACUACAAAAAAUUUGGGGAAAUGCUGCAGGUAUGAAAGUUCUCGCCGGUUGGUCCAGUAGCACAGGUACGAUUGUCGCCGGAACUUACAUGUACCUCAGUUUAUCACACAUACUUAUAGAACAUUUAUAAAUCCUCAUGAAUAGCGCACCAUUUCACAUGCGCCUCAUUGUAUGUGCACCUUGCAAUGUGACUUUUCAUUUUACAUAUAUAUUUUUACUGAAUUGACUUCAAAUAGUUGUCAGCAGAUUCGAACUAUAGCUUUUACAUAAAAAAUUGUUUUAAACAUUCAAACUUCGUAUAUUCUUUGUAAUUAAAAAUUAUGUAGGUCAUUAUUAUUAAUGUAUAUUUUUAAAUUGACACUGUUAAUUAAUUUCAUAAGUCCGACUAGUCCACGUAUUCGGUUUGUGUUUUCGUGCUGAAUGUAAAUAUAAAUUUAGUUAAUUUUAAGUUAAAUAAAGUAUGAACGCGUAUUUUACACAUAUGUAUACACAUUCAAUUAAUUCCUCCUUCCCUUAUUCUUUCCCACAAAAACAUACCAUUAGGUUAAGCGAAAGAGUACAUGUAAAUAUGCAUAAGAAAAAAAUUAAAAUCAUAUUUGAACUUCAAAUAAAAAUGUGCUAUUUUAUUAGUUACAU